ACAAUAUCAAAGGCGAGAUUUUUUUUCCCUCGAGAAUCUUCUAUUGACCAAAUACAUUUCCCCUAAUUAUCUCUCCCUUUUUUCUCGUCGAAGAUCGAUUCGCUGCCUCAAUAGAAAUCGCCGAUCUGCGGGGAGAAAUUCGCUGAUUUUUUGCGGCUCUCAGCCUCAGUGAGAUAUAGGGUUCAUUGAUGGAUAGAGGAUUUUCUGAAUCUUCAACCAAUGAAAACCAAAAUUCUUUUUCUUAUGGAAGCAGUAGCAGUAGUGGCAACAAUAACAGCGAAGCUGGAAACUUUGAAUGUAACAUUUGCUUAGAAUUAGCUCAAGACCCAAUUGUUACGCUUUGUGGGCAUCUUUUCUGCUGGCCUUGCCUUUAUCAAUGGCUCCAUGUUCACGCGCACUCUUUGGAAUGUCCAGUUUGUAAAGCCGUUAUCGAAGAAGAGAAGCUGGUUCCUCUUUAUGGCCGAGGAAAGACGUCGACCGAUCCAAGAUCGAAAACAAUGCCGGGGGUUAACAUUCCCCAUCGUCCAUCUGGACAAAGGCCUGCUACUGCCCCUCCUCCUGAAGCUAACCAUAACCAAUUUCCUCAUGUGAAUCCAUGGUUCAUGGGUGGAGCCCCGGUGGCCAGCACUAGGUUCGGAAACUUCACAUUUUCUGCUGCUUUUGGUGGUCUGUUCCCAUUACUGAACUUUCAAGUUCAUGGGUUUCCUGAUGCUGCAAAUACUUAUGCUACUGCUGCUGGUUUCCCUUAUGGGUAUGCACAUUCAUUCCAUGGUCCACAUGCCCAUGGCUUCCCUCGUCACAUGCAACAGGGGCAGCAACUGGAUAACUAUUUGAAGGCACUACUGAUUAUGAUCGGCGCGCUUGUUAUUGCUGCUCUUAUUUGGGCUUAGACAAUUGUAGUAUUGGCAUGGCGUAUAUGCAUAAUAAACACCAUACACUUGCUUUUGUGUGCUUCAGAGUGUUCUCAUUCUUCGUGAUGUGUUGUAAGCUUCAUAUCUCAGGUGAUGAUUUGAACUAGUUGUUUACAAAUGUUCAUAGAAUCUAAUUACAAAUUAGACAAUUGUGUUGUUAGUUUCUCAUUACUUGUAUUAGAUUUUCUGCAAAUAGGGAAUACUUGGUUUA